AGCUAACAUGGCGGCCACAAGAGCUCUUUUUGCUGUCAGAGGAUCGGACGGAAUAUCUAUCGUUCAUGGCCCGCCAAAGUUUAGGCAAAACCAGGACUUUGGAAGUGAUAAUUCUGGUAGAUGCACAGUGAUGACCUUUAGUGCUGAUGGAUCUCUCUUUGCUUGGUGCAAUGGCCAAAGUGUAAGAGUUGUAGACACAUCCAAGUUCAGUCUGGUAUGUCGUAUUCCUAAAGAGAAAACUCAGUGUUUGGACUUCUCUCCUAAAUCCACUCACAUAUCGACAUGGGAACAGUAUACAGCAAGUAAAGACCAGUCUGCAGGAGUAAACAACCUUGAAAUCUGGAAUCUUCAGGCUGGAAGAUUAGUUGCUGGAUUUUCACAGAAGAAGAAGGACACUUGGCAACCAAAGUGGAGUGAAGAUGAGUCAGUCUGUGCCCGAUCUGUUACCAAUGAAGUUCACUGCUUUCACAAUACAGAUUUCACUUCAAUUGCCACCAAACUGAGGCUUCAAGGAAUCUCAGAUUUUGAGCUCUCUCCAGGUUCCCCUCCAUUGACAGUGGCAGCUUAUGUUCCUGGUUCAAAGGGUGCACCAUCAUAUGUUCGGUUAUUCAGACACCCAGAUUUUGACAGUCCUGCUUCUAUGUUGCUAAUAAUUGUUGCUAAUAGAUGUUCUUUUUUUGUAGGCUCUGCCCUGCUUGUUAUAACAACAACAGAUGUUGACUCAACCGGUGCCUCAUAUUAUGGUGAACAAACACUGCAUUAUAUCAGUACUUCUGGAGAAAGCAGCAUGGUGCAGUUGGCAAAACGAGGACCAAUUUACUCAGUUCAAUGGAGUCCAAACUCAAAGGAAUUUUGUGUGGUGUAUGGCUUCAUGCCAGCCAAGGCUACAUUGUAUAAUGUGAAAUGUGAAUCAUUAUUUGACUUUGGGACUGGACCACGCAAUGACAUCUUUUACAAUCCUCAUGGAAAUAAUAUCCUUGAAAAAGACAAUCAUAAAUUUUCUUUACUUUUUCUUUACCAGGAAAUGUGGAGUAGAAAAGAUUUAAAGCUAAUAAGCAAACCUCAGGCAAGUGACUCUACAUACUUUGAAUGGUGUCCAGAUGGUGAACAUAUUUUGACUGCAACAACAUCUCCAAGGCUCAGAGAAGGAAAUGGAUACAAACUGUGGCAUUAUACAGGAAAGCUGUUAGAUGAAAGGAGUGUUGAUGAACUUUGGGAGGUCAAGUGGCAGCCUGUUGUACAUGGAGUGUUUAAGGAGCCAAGGAUUGACUACAGCGCUGCUGCAUCUGCCACAACACAAGAGCAACAGAAAACUAAAGAUGUUUAUCGCCCUCCUGGUCUCAGAGGAUCGGCUCCUUCAGUCAAACUGCACGAGAAUGAACCUGCAGAAAAUAUGAAACCAAAGGAAGGUCAGGAAAUGUCCAAAUCUGCUGCUAAGAAUAAGAAAAAGAGAGAGGCCAAAGCAAGAGCAAAGCAAGAACAGGAAGCUGCCAUUGGGGAGGUGGUAAAUUCAAAACUUCCUCCACCUUCACCAGCAUCACCACCAGUGGCCGAUACAACAACACUUCCACCAGAGAAAGAAAAGAAGCUGAGAAAUUUGAAAAAGAAACUGCGUCAGAUUGAGGACCUGAAGGAGCAACAGAAAUCUGGAAAAACCUUGGAGAAAAAUCAGCUUGAUAAGGUGGCAGCAGAGGCGUCACUCAUAAAGGAAAUCCAAGAACUAGAACUUGGAAGCUAACGCAAACUUCUACAAUUCCUUUCAUUCCCUGAUGUGACCAAAAGGAAUUUUUUCUUUCAACAUCUAAUACAUUUUGGAACAGUAUGGUGAUAAGGAGAAUGAAAAAAUAUACCAAAGUGUCAUAUUUGAUUUGUUAAAAAAAAUACCCAGAGCUAAAAGCGUAUGAAAAUCUACCUCAGGCAGUAAAGAGAGUUGACAUCUAUAUCUUAGAAUUGAAAGGGUUCAGUAACUUCUUAGUACUUUCUACAAUAUCAAGAAUUAAAUGAAACUUAUGUUCUA